GUAUUGAAUCAGUUUGUGUCAUCGAUAUAUAGUAUGAACUACGCUUAGGCCGGUAAAAUAUGGCCAGCUGAUAGAAAGAGAUAGCGACCGAUAGAGCGAACAUUUUUCGAAGGCCUUUAUGUUGGGAUCACGCAGUCCAUACUAUACGUCGAUGUUAAAGACGCUUGCCGCAUUAUUAACAAAAUGUUAAAUCGCAUUCUCGGAUGGUUUUACCCAUCGUACAACAAUUAUGACCCUAGAACUGCCGAGUGGUUUUUAAUGUCGGGACCAGAGCCUGUAAUAAUUAUAGUGGCGAUGUACCUGUAUUUCUGCACUUCAGCAGGCCCAAGAUUCAUGAGAGACAAGCCGCCCUACACAUUGCGCAAAGCUAUGAUUUUACACAACUUGAUUCAAGUCUUUUUCAACAUUUAUUUAUUCCGAGAGGGCCUAAUGGGAGGCUGGUUGUACGAGUACAGCUACUCGUGUCAACCAAUCGUUUAUUCGAAAAGCCCAUCAGCACUUCGGAUCGCGAGGGCCGCACACCUGUACUUCAUUUGCAAGAUUAUCCAACUUCUAGAUACGGUAUUCGUCGUACUCCGCAAGAAGGACCGUCAAUUAUCUUUAUAUCAUGUUUGUUACCACGUUACAGCAGUUACUUAUUCUUGGAUCGGAGUCCGCUACAUGGCUAAUGGUCAUUCAACGUUUUUGGCACUAUUGAACUGUAUUGUUCUAACAUUUGUGUACAGUUAUUACUUGCUCGCUGCAAUUGGGCCAAAAGUACGUAAGUGCCUUGUGUGGAAAAAAUAUUUGACUGCACUACAAAUCUUACGAUUUGUUAUUGUCGACUUACACACUCUACAAGUAUUCUUCAGCGACUGUGCCGUUCCAAAGUCAAUAGCUCUGGGUACAAUAGUGAUCAGUACUACUUUCACGUACAUGCUAGUAUCAUUUUAUGUUCAGAACUACCAUAAAAGUAACGUGGAUAAUGUGGCGUGCGUAGGUGUCUCAAAAAAUAGUUCCGCCAGUCAGAAAUCUGAUAAAAAAAGAUUUUCAAGUUCAAACUAACCCUGAUCAGUGUGAUCAAGUUACAUGGUAUAUCAAUUGAAAGUAGGGAUGGUUGAGAGUCGUAACGUAAGGAAGCCUUGUCUCAAAGACUAUGGCGUUGUAAUUGAAGAUCCAAAAUCGAUUUCUUAGGAACAUGAAUUUUUUUUAUUCUUUGUACAUCUGUAAUAUGUUAUAUUGAUAAGGUUACAAUGUUCAUGUUUUUAAUGGCUUUGUAAAAUUAUUAUUGCAAUGUUGUCUGUAAAAUAAAGAAUUACCUAUUUUUCAUCAUGCGCUAAAAUUCAGAAUAAUUAACUAUUUACUAAGCCUACAUAUAGAGUGAAUUGCUCACAAUAGAAUGUGCAUUAAAAAUAAAGCUGCGACGAAAAAGUGGGACGCUAAGCGUCCCACCGUGCAUAAAAGGGUUAAGGUGAUUCGAGGGUGUAGAUUCUCGCAGCAUUAAAUUGUAAUAGACGAUGGACCAUUCUAUCGUUGGCAAUUCACUCUGUUUAUUAGUACUGA